GAAAGAGAAGAGAAUGUAAAGGCUGAUAUUUUCCACGCCUAUAUUACAUUAUUGCGACAAACCAAACCUUCAAUGUCCUCUUCUUCAGAGGAUAUGGAGGAUGCUGGUCCUCUGAAUAUGUUAGAAGUGCAAAUACCUGAUAUAAUCAAAGCUAUUCAUAAACAAUUGAAAGAAAAAAGCAUAAAGACUCGACAGGGCUGUUUUAGUCUACUAACGGAACUGGUGCAGGUUUUACCUGGAGCCCUUACUAAUCAUCUCUCUUCUUUAGUCUCUGGUAUACAGUAUUCACUCAGCGAUAAGAAUUCGUCAUCUAACAUGAAGAUAGAUACCCUGUCUUUUGUUAACUGUAUCUUAACUCAUCAUCCACCUACAGUAUUCCAUAGUCACAUCAAUGUAUUAGUUCCGCCUAUUGUUCAUGCUGUUGGGGAUCCAUUCUACAAAAUAACUUCAGAAGCCUUACUAGUGACACAACAGUUAGUGAAAGUUCUACGUCCACUUGAUAGCCCAGUCCAGUUUGACUAUAAACCAUAUGUAGGAGAUCUCUAUCAGUGUACUUUGAAACGUCUGAAAGCUUCAGAUAUAGACCAGGAAGUUAAAGAACGAGCGAUCUCUUGCAUGGGUCAGAUUAUCAGUAACCUAGGUGAUUGUUUAAACAAUGAAUUAAAGGAAUGUUUACCAAUAUUUCUAGAAAGAUUAAAAAAUGAAAUUACCCGGUUAACUUCAGUCAAGGCACACACCAUGAUAGCUAGUUCUCCGUUAAAGAUAGACAUAAGACCAAUUCUAGAUGAAGGCGUUCCAAUCCUCGCUUCUUUUCUUCGUAAAAAUCAACGAGCGUUAAAACUCAGUACUUUAAUCUGUCUGGAUGUUCUCGUCAAAAAUUACGGGCAAGCUUUAACAUCUUCAAUGAUCAAUGACAUGAUGAAAGAAAUGCCAGCACUUAUUAAUGAAAAUGAUCUCCAUGUUUCACAGCUAACCCUACAGUUAUUGACAUCGAUAGCUAGAGUCCAUAAAUCAUCUAUACCCAAUAUCCAGGGGGAAAUCCUGUCCCAGAUUCUCAUAUUGAUACAGUCACCUUUACUACAAGGUGGAGCCCUCAACGCUCUACUGGAAUUCUUCCAGGCAGUCGUUCAACUAGGUUUACCUAAACUAGGCUUUAAAGACAUUCUGCAGAUGCUGAUAUUACCAAUCUAUAACCCGGCAUCCAAACCUCCCCAUGCGGGUUCAUCUUUUACCAUACAUAAACAGGCUUUCCAUUCUAUAGCCAAAUCAGUGGCUGCUCUGACCAGAAUCAACCCAGAGAAAGCUCCCAAUGUUGUCAAUCAAUUUGUUAGUGAUAUCAAGAAUUCAAAAUCUACAGAUUCUAUUGUGUUAUUUUCCUUGUUGGCUCUCGGUGAAAUUGGCAAACACAUUGAUUUGAGUGGACAGGGUGAAAUCCAGACGGUUAUUCUAGAAUCUUUCUCCUCACCUAAUGAAGAAGUCAAAUCUGCUGCCUCGUACGCUUUAGGAAAUGUAUCCGUUGGAAACAUGCCCAAGUUUUUACCGUUUGUUUUACAAGAAAUCGAAAAUCAACCCAAACGACAAUAUCUAUUAUUACAUUCAUUAAAAGAGAUAAUUAGUUGUGAAUCCAGCUCGAAAACUGGGGUAGAAAAUUUAAAACCAUUUGUACAAACUAUAUGGUCCAUGUUGUUUAGUCAUUGUGAAUGUCCAGAAGAAGGGACACGGAACGUUGUGUCCGAAUGUCUGGGAAAACUGACCCUGAUUGACCCCGAGAAUCAGUUACGUAGUCUACAAUCUCACCUGACGUCCGAGUCUGCUUUAACCAGAAGUACUGUAGUCACAGCUAUCAAGUUCACUAUCUCAGAUCAGCCUCAACCAAUAGAUGCUCUGCUAAAAGGCUGUAUUGGAGAUUUCCUACGAACACUCCAAGAUCCAGACUUGAAUGUUCGACGCGUUGCCUUGGUUACAUUCAACUCUGCUGCUCACAAUAAACCGUCACUGAUUCGUGAUUUACUAGAGUCAGUUUUACCCCAUCUUUAUAACGAAACCAAAAUGAGGAAAGAGUUAAUAAGAGAAGUAGAAAUGGGUCCAUUUAAACAUACACUUGAUGAUGGUUUAGAUAUCAGAAAGGCUGCAUUUGAAUGUAUGUACACGUUGCUGGACUCGUGCCUAGAUAGACUAGAUAUAUUUGAGUUUUUAAACCAUGUAGAAGAUGGCUUGAAGGAUCAUUACGAUAUCAAAAUGUUGACGUAUUUAAUGUUGGUACGAUUGUCUCAUCUUUGUCCU